GCACACGUGACGUAGCGUCAUGGAAGCCCCCACGCGUGAAACGAAACUCUAAAGCACCUACAGGGUGUCCGGCCUUUUUAAAGACUCCUGCCUCAUCAAAAAUCACAGAUGAGAUAUUUAUUUAGACUCGGGCGUUCGUUCGCUCGGCCCUGUGUCCGCUCAUGUCACCAAAGUGUUUACAGCAGCCACUCUCACCCCAAACACACCACUGUGGACCUGGGUGCAAAAAAACUUGAGAUUUCCUCUGGGAGAUUUGCCAGAUUUGCAGAUGGUUCUGCUGUUGUCCAGCUCGGGGACACGUCUGUGAUGGUGACAGCUGUGAGCAAAGUCAAGCCCUCCCCGUCUCAGUUUAUGCCUCUUGUGGUAGACUACAGACAGAAAGCAGCAGCUGCAGGAAGAAUCCCCACUAACUAUUUGAGACGAGAGCUUGGAACGACAGAUCAUGAAAUUCUGACCAGUAGAUUAAUAGAUCGCUCCAUUAGACCACUUUUCCCUCCUGGUUACUUUUAUGACACACAGAUCCUCUGCAAUCUGCUGGCUGUUGAUGGUGUUAAUGAUCCAGAUGUGCUCGCUAUAAACGGAGCUUCUGCUGCUUUGGCGCUGUCUGACAUCCCCUGGCACGGGCCAAUUGGGGCUGUGCGAGUCGGCAUGAUCGACGGGGAGGUGCUGAUCAACCCAACGCGAGCAGAGAUGAUUUCCAGCACUCUAAACCUCAUCGUGGCUGGAGCUCCGAGCAGCCAAGUUGUGAUGAUCGAGGCGUCUGCUGAGAACGUGCUCCAGCAGGACUUUUGCCACGCUGUGAAAGUGGGAGUCAAACACACGCAGCAGAUCAUUCAGGCGAUUCAACAGAUGGCGAGAGAGCAGAAGGUCUCCAAACGUGUUCCUCUGAAAGUCUUCUCUGCCCCGGACGAGAUGGUGGAACAAGUGCGAAUAGUUUCAUCUGAAAAAAUCUCUGCUGUUUUUCGGGACCACAACCACGAUAAGAUUUCUAGGGACGAAGCUGUAAACAAAAUCCGACUGGAGACGGAGGAGAUCCUAAAGGAGAAGUUUCCUCAAGCAGAGCCGUUUGAAAUAAUAGAAUCUUUUAAUGUUGUGACCAAAGAAAUAUUUCGCAGUUUGAUUUUGAAUGAAUAUCAGAGGUGUGAUGGGAGAGAUUUGGGAGCACUGAGAAACAUUUCUUGUGAUGUCGACUUGUUUCAGCCUCUCCAUGGUUCUGCUCUGUUCCAAAGAGGACAGACGCAGGUUCUGUGCAGCGUCACUUUUGAUUCCUUAGAGUCCAGCGUCAAACCUGACCUCAUCACGACGGCCUUGAGUGGCGUUAAAGAUAAGAACUUCAUGCUCCACUAUGAGUUUCCGCCGUACGCGACUAAUGAGAUCGGGAAGACGGGCGGAGUCAACAGAAGAGAGCUCGGACACGGCGCUCUGGCGGAGAAAGCUUUACGCCCGGUCAUUCCUAAAGACUUCCCUUUCACAAUAAGAGUCACAGCGGAGGUUCUCGAGUCCAACGGGUCGUCGUCGAUGGCGUCUGCGUGUGGAGGUAGUCUGGCUUUGAUGGACGCAGGUGUGCCAAUUUCGUCAGCGGUGGCCGGCGUAGCUAUUGGGCUGAUAUCCAAACCGAACCCGGAAAAAGCGUCUGAAAUUGAGGACUACAGACUAUUAACAGAUAUACUUGGGAUAGAGGAUUAUCUCGGCGACAUGGACUUUAAACUCGCAGGAACAAACAAAGGCAUCACAGCUUUACAGGCGGAUAUAAAGAUUCCCGGGCUUCCUCUUAAAGUUGUUAUGGAGGCGAUCCAGCAGGCAACAGUUGCAAAGCGGGAAAUCUUGGGAAUAAUGAACAAAACUAUCACCAAACCCAGGGAGAAAAGGAAAGACAAUGGGCCCGUUGUUGAAACGGUGCGAGUGCCCGUUUCCCGAAGAGCCAGAUUCGUCGGCCCCGGAGGAUACAACCUUCGAAGGCUCCAAGCUCGAACAGGCGUCACGAUCAGUCAAAUGGACGAGGAAACGUUUUCAGUUUUUGCUCCGACUCCGGGCGCGAUGCACGAAGCCCAAGAUUUCAUCAGUGAAAUCUGCAAAGACGACCAAGAACAGCAGUUGGAGUUUGGCGCCGUCUACACCGCCACCAUCACGGAAAUAAGAGACAUUGGCGUCAUGGUCAAACUCUAUCCAAAUAUGAGCGCCGUUUUACUUCACAACUCGCAAUUGGAUCACAAACGGAUAAAACAUCCGACUGCACUGGGGCUUGAAGUGGGACAACAGAUCCAGGUCAAAUAUUUUGGGCGGGACCCCACCGACGGCAGAAUGAGGCUUUCUCGUAAGGUCCUCCAGUCUCCCGCUGCAACUGUUGUCAAAACAUUGAGUGAAAAACAAAGCAUCUCAAUGGGAACGAGCAAUAGUUCCAAUUUAUGACACAAUAAUUCCAAAACAAACUGCUGAUUUUACUCCGAGGACUGUACAGCCGCUCACAGAAAACAUUUGGACAUUGAACUGGUUUUGCACGACUGUGGUCCACGUUCUCAGCUCUACGUUUUUUUUUUUCGAGACGGACAACAGAACGGUUACUUCCACAAUACAAAUAAGCCGACGUUUCAUCACGCAGUUGUGCAGCACGUCAGAUAUUCUGUUGUUUUUACGGAUACAUUUAUUGUUAUGUUAUUUGUAAAUAAAACAUCCAUCUGUGUACAAGUGUUU